AUGGUAGCAGAAAAAUUGCCCGCCCCCAUAAAUAUGUCAAAAGAACGAAUUGAAAAACUGAUGUGUAGUAAUUCUCGCAGUUUUGAUUCUUUACCUCAGAAAAGCCAAGAGUUGGAAAAAGAUUUCUUGGCCUGCAGUUCAACUGAUGAUGUUCCUGUAAUAAUAUUUGUGUCCAAAAUGGUCCCAGUUGAACGAAAAUUGCUUCCCCAGAACAGACCAAGUUUGUAUGUUUGUGUUUUCUUUCAUUUUCCUUACUUUUUUCUUUUUUCUUCCUUACAUUUUCUUUUUGUUUCUCCCUCUCUCUUUCUCCCUCCUCUUUCUUCUUUUCUCUUUCUCCCUCUCUCUUUCUCCCUCCUCUUUCUUCUUUUCUCUUUCUCCCUCCUCUUUCUUCUUUUCUCUUUCUCCCUCCUCUUUCUUCUUUUCUCUUUCUCCCUCCUCUUUCUUCUUUUCUCUUUCUCCCUCCUCUUUCUUUUUUUCUCUUUCUCCCUCCUCUUUCUUUUUUUCUCUUUCUCUCUCCUCUUUCUCCCUCCUCUUUCUCUCUCCUCUUUCUCCCUCCUCUUUCUUUUUUCUCUUUCUCCCUCCUCUUUCUUUUUUUCUCUUUCUCUUUUCCUUCUUUCUUUUUUCUCUUUCUCUUUUCCUUCUUUCUUUUUUCUCUUUCUUUUUUCUCUUUCUCUUUUCUUUCUUUCUUUCUUUUUUCUCUUUCUCUUUUCCUUCUUUCUUUCUUUUUUUUCUCUUUCUCUUUUCCUUCUUUCUUUUUUCUCUUUCUCUUUUCCUUCUUUCUUUUUUCUCUUUCUCUUUUCCUUCUUUCUUUUUUCUCUUUCUCUUUUCCUUCCUUCUUUUUUUUUCUCUUUUUCCUUCUUUCUUUUUUUUCUCUUUUCCUUCUUUCUUUUUUUUCUCUUUUCCUUCUUUCUUUUUUUUCUCUUUUCCUUCUUUCUUUCUCUUUCUCUUUUCCUUCUUUCUCUUUUUCUCUUUUCCUUCUUUCUUUUUUUUCUCUUUCUCUUUUCCUUCUUUCUUUAUCAUGAUUUAAAAGUUGAAUUACAAGAAAAACGACGCCAAGUGUUACAACGGCGUGCAGAGAGACAGAAUGCUGGAGAAUCUGCAGACAGUUUAAAAGAAAAUGAUGAGAAGGUGACUGAAGUAAACAGUGCGAAUGAGGAGAACAAACAGUCCGAGCAUGUGUUUGUAGCUUUUGCUCGGAUCUUCAGUGGGACUGUCCGGAGAGGUUGCAAGUUGUAUGUCCUGGGACCAAAACAUGAUCCUGCUAAAGUUUUAAAUGAUUGUGAAGAAACAUUUAGUGCCUCAAGUAAUUUAACAGUCAGUGAACUGUCCACUAGUCAACAUAUUACAUCAUUUGUGGUUGAAGAUAUUUAUAUGUUUAUGGGUAGAGAACUUGAACUUAUGGAAGAGGUGCCUGCUGGAAAUGUUUUAGGUCUUGGAGGCUUAGAGGAACAUGUUCUAAAAACAGCAACUCUGUCUGAAACAGUGGCUUGCCCAGCAUUUACUGACAUGUACUUUGAGGCAUCACCUAUUGUGAGGGUAGCCUUGGAGCCCCAAAAUAUCAUGAACAUGCCACUUCUUGUCAAGGGAUUACGUCUCCUGAAUCAGGCUGAUCCAUGUGUAGAAGUUCUUGUACAAGAAACUGGUGAACAUGUUAUCGUUGCAGCUGGAGAAGUACAUCUACGGCGAUGUAUAGACGACCUGACAGAUAGAUAUGCUAAGUGUGCUAUCAAUGCUUCAUCACCAAUUGUACCAUUCCGGGAAACAAUUGUUGAACCCCCAAAGACCGACAUGGUGAAUGAAGCCAUUUUACAAAGCAACAUCAUAAAAACUUCCAGAAUGCGUGAGAUGGAAGAGGAUGAAGAAGUGAUUGAACCUGGACUCAUUGAACUGCGUACACCUAAUCAAAAAUGUGUGAUUCGUAUUCGAGCCAAGCCACUUCCAGAGUCUGUCAUCAAGCUGUUGGAAAACAGUACAGAUAUUUUGAAGAGCCUUCAGGUGCACAUCAAGAAGGAAAUUUCUGGCAAAAAUAACACACAUGAAGUAAAAGCCAUCAAUGAAACUCUUGCAGAAAAUGUCACAAAUUUGCACAAGCAGCUUGAAGAUACCUUCACCAAAGCUGGCAAAGAAUGGAAUGGGAUCGUUGAUCAAAUCUGGUCAUUUGGUCCCCGUUAUGUUGGCUGUAAUAUGCUCAUUAACCAUAUCCCUACCUACAAGCGUCCUUCAAUCUGGAAGUACGUUGAAGGAAAAGUGGGUGCCCUGCGCAGUUUUGACAAUAGCAUUAUCAGUGGUUUCCAAAUGGCAACUCUUGCAGGUCCACUCUGUGAAGAACCUAUGCACGGUGUGUGCUUCUGUGUUGAACAAUGGGACUAUGAAACUGAUGUGGUCAAUGGAAACAUUUCUCACUCACUGACUUGUGCCAAUGGUGAUACAAUGACCCCAGAGAGAAAUAGUACAGAAGAAAAGGAGCGGGGCUUUGCUAAAGAACUGGCUUAUGGACCAUUCUCAGGACAACUUAUGUCUACAAUGAAGGAAGGAUGUCGGAAAGUUUUCCAGACACAACCUCAGAGGUUAAUGGCGGCCAUGUACAAGUGUAAUAUUCAAGCCACUGCUGAUGUAUUGGGUAAACUCUAUGCUGUGCUUGGUAAGCGUAAUGGACGUGUAUUAUAUGAAGACAUGCGUGAAGGCACUCAGGUAUUCAUCAUUCAAGCAGUUCUUCCGAUUAUUGACAGUUUUGGCUUUGCCGAAGACAUAAGAAAGAAAACAAGUGGCCUUGCAAGUCCACAGUUGACAUUCAGCCAUUGGGAGGUUGUAGACGUGGAUCCAUUCUGGGAACCUGUAACAGAUGAAGAAUAUUUACAUUUUGGAGAAAAGGCAGACUCUGAAAACUUAGCACGGACAUACAUGAAUACAGUACGGAAACGAAAAGAUUUCUCUCUCUCCCGAUGUCUCUCAACAUUCUGUCUCUCUCUCUCUCUCUCUCUCUCUCUCGUUUUCUCCAUUUCAUUAUGCUCCUUCGCUUUCACUCUCUCUCUCCUUUUCAUUUUUUGCUCUCUCUCUCUCUCUCCUUUUCAUUUUUUGCUCUCUCUCUCUCUCUCCUUUUCAUUUUUUGCUCUCUCUCUCUUUUUUCAUUUUUGCUCUCUCUCUCUCUCUCCUUUUCAUUUUUGCUCUCUCUUCUCUUUUUCAUUUUUUGCUCUCUCUCUCUCUCCUUUUCAUUUUUUGCUCUCUCUCUCUCUCCUUUUCAUUUUUUGCUCUCUCUCUCCUUUUCAUUUUUUCUUGCUCUCUCUCCAUCAUUUUUUGCUCUCUCUCUCUCUCUCUCUUUCAUUUUUUUCUAUUUUUUUUCGCUUCCUCUCUCUCUCUAUUUUUUUUUUUUGA